GGGCUAUGAUUAGUUUUUAAGGAAACUCCCAAGCUCUUUUCCAGAGUGGCUGGCUGUACCAUUUCACAACUUUCCCAGCAGCAACGUAUCAGUAAUCCAGUUUCUCGAAAUCACUUGACCUUGGCCAUGAUCACUUCCUCUUUUCAAGUCUCCAUGGCAGUUUUUGCCCAAAUUAUUCUGCAUGUCAGUGCUCUGGAUACUUUUAGAGCUGCAGUAUAUGAACAUGCUGUCAUUUUGCCAAAUAACACAGAAACACCUGUUUCUCAGGAUGAUGCCUUGCUCCUCAUGAACAAAAAUAUAGAUAUUCUGGAGAAAGCAGUUAAGCAGGCAGCUGAACAGGGAGCUCAAAUUAUUGUGACUCCUGAAGAUGCCAUUUAUGGCUGGAAAUUUACCAGGGAAACCAUUUUCCCUUAUCUUGAGUAUAUCCCAGACCCUCAGGUGAACUGGAUUCCAUGUCAACAACCCAACAGAUUUGGUCACACACCAGUACAAGUAAGACUCAGCUGCCUGGCCAAGAACAACUCUAUCUAUGUCUUGGCGAAUAUUGGGGACAAAAAGCCAUGUAAUUCCAGGGACUCCACGUGCCCUCCUAGUGGCUAUUACCAAUACAACACCAACGUAGUGUAUGAUACACAGGGAAAGCUGGUGGCACGUUACCAUAAGUACCACCUCUACUCUGAGCCUCAGUUUGAUGUCCCUGAAAAGCCAGAGGUGGUGACUUUCAACACCACCUUCGGAAGGUUUGGCAUUUUCACUUGCUUCGAUAUACUCUUCCAUGAUCCUGCUGUGACCCUGGUGAAAGAUUUCCAGGUGGACACCGUAUUGUUUCCCACAGCGUGGAUGAAUGUUUUGCCCCUUUUGACAGCUAUUGAAUUCCAUUCAGCCUGGGCUAUGGGCAUGGGAGUUAAUCUUUUGGUGGCCAACACACAUCACGUCAGCCUAAGAAUGACAGGCAGCGGUAUCUAUGCACCACACUCUCCCAAGGUAUAUUAUUAUGAUAAGGAAACAGAGUUGGGAAAGCUUCUCCUUGCGGAGGUGGACUCGCAUCCCCGAGUCUCGCCGACUUACCCAACAGCCGUGAAUUGGAGCGCCUACGCCACAACCAUCAAACCAUUCCCAGUACAGAAGCACACUUUCGGGGGACUUAUUUCCCGGGAUGAGUUCAACUUCACAGAGCUCUUUGAAAAUGCAGGAAACCUGACAGUCUGUCAAAAAGAGCUCUGCUGUCAUUUGAGCUACAGAAUGCUGGGAAAAGAGGAGAAUGAAGUGUAUGUGCUAGGAGCUUUUACAGGACUUCAUGGCCGAAGGAGAAGAGAAUAUUGGCAGGUAUGCACCCUGGUGAAAUGCAAAUCUACUAACUUGACGACAUGUGGACAGCCGGUAGAAACUGCUCUGACAAGAUUUGAAAUGUUCUCCCUAAGUGGCACAUUUGGAACAGAGUAUGUUUUUCCUGAAGUGCUACUUACUAAUAUCCAUCUGGCACCUGGAAAAUUUGAGGUUCUAAAUGAUGGACGUUUGGUAAACAAGAAUGGAUCAUCUGAGCCUAUCCUAACAGUGUCACUGUUUGGGAGGUGGUACACUAAAGAUGCACUCUCCAUCUCAGGUGGGACCAGCAACGCAGCAACAACUUACCUGUUAAUAUUCACAUCAUUAAUGAUCAUAGCUUUACAAAAUACUGUGAUGGUAUAAGACAUUGCUUUACCACAUUCACCACUGCAUCGUACCAAUAUAUGAUUGUGAAAUGUGUUUAACAGGUUCCCAAGUUUACCAAGAAACUUUGAAUGGCCAGCUCAAUAGUAUAGACCAAUGAUUUCCCAAUAUGUGUAUUUUUUCUCAUCAAGGAUUAUUUUUAAGUGUUAUGGUAAUUUUGCCUCUUUUGUGGCAAUGCUGAAAUAUUGCAGUAUGGUAUAAUGGCGUAAUUGAUGAUGAUUGGGUCAGGUAGAUGAGGAUUAAAUCCUAGGUCCAACCUUAUUUGCUGUGUAACUUUGUAUGUACCUGUUUGUGUGAGUGAGAGCAGAGUGAAAAGCUUCACUGACGUUGUAAAUAUAGCAGUGGCCUUUGAAGAGAACAGUAAUAACGGGAACUGAGAGUGAAUUGUGAAUUCCAUUUGACAUUAAAGACGAUUUGAACUCA